AUGUCCCUGCUCCAGAGCUGGCUCACGUACGGUAAACACGUGGACACCGUCAUCUCUUCGGAGGGCUGGAAGCAGGUGACCUUCACGCUGCAAAGCCACGGGCCCCGCCACAGCCACAGCUCCCGCCACAGCCACAGCUCCUGCCACAGCCACGGCUCCCGCCACAGCCACGGCUCCCGCCACAGCCACAGGUCUCAUCACAGCCACGGCUCCCGCCACAGCCACAGCUCCCGCCACAGCCACAGCUCCCGCCACAGCCACGGCUCCUGCCACAGCCACGGGCCCCGCCACAGCCACGGGCCCUGCCACAGCCACAGCCACAGCCACAGCUGCCGCCACAGCCACGGCUCCCGCCACAGCCACGGGCCCUGCCACAGCCACGGGCCCCACCACAGCCACGGCUCCCGCCACAGCCACAGCUCCCGCCACAGCCACGGGCCCCACCACAGCCACGGCUCCCGCCACAGCCACAGCUCCCGCCACAGCCACGGCUCCCGCCACAGCCACAGCUCCCGCCACAGCCACGGGCCCCACCACAGCCACGGCUCCCGCCACAGCCACAGCUCCCGCCACAGCCACGGGCCCCACCACAGCCACAGCUCCCGCCACAGCCACGGCUCCCGCCACAGCCACAGCUCCCGCCACAGCCACAGCUCCCGCCACAGCCACGGGCCCUGCCACAGCCACAGCUCCCGCCACAGCCACGGGCCCUGCCACAGCCACAGCUCCCGCCACAGCCACGGGCCCCACCACAGCCACGGGCCCCGCCACAGCCACAGCUCCCGCCACAGCCACAGCUCCCGCCACAGCCACGGCUCCCGCCACAGCCACGGGCCCUGCCACAGCCACAGCUCCCGCCACAGCCACGGGCCCCGCCACAGCCACAGCUCCCGCCACAGCCACGGCUCCCGCCACAGCCACGGGCCCCGCCACAGCCACAGAACAGCCACCCAGCUCCCUCAGAGCAAGGGCCUCGGGGCUCCUCUGCCCCCGUGGACGCUGUCCUGCUUCGACCCCUACGUCCCGCAGCUCACCGCCUUCCGAGCAGACCUGCUGUGCGGGGAGCUGGCUUCAGCGGCCUGCAGGCAGCGGGUGGUAGCUCACCCGAAAGGAAGCCGGUCCCUGGAACCAGCUGGGGACCUGCUGGAGGUCCUCACUGUGCGUCUGGACUGA